AUGUCCGCUCUCAACGACCCCGCGCCCACCCUAGCGACCCUUCGCUCCGCGCUCGCCACUCUCACGUCCACGCUCGAUCCCCUCCUCGCCUCCCCGCUCUCUGCGCUCGCACAGCAGCUGGAGAGCGGCAGCUCACAGACGCAGGCGAAGCACGCCGAGCGCGUGCAGACUAAGAGUGGCGAGGCAAGCCGGGCGGAGCUGGAUGGACGACUGGACGCUGCGAGGCUGAACGUCAGCGUGGCUUAUGUGCUGCUGGAUCUCGUGUGGAUGUACCUCAAGGUAGAGGGCAUCGACCCAGCCACGCAUCCCGUCGUGCCCGAGCUCGAGCGCGUCAAGGGCUACUUCGCCAAGAUCGCCGCCGCGCAGAAGCUCAACGAGGAGAAGGCCGAGCCACGCUCGCGCGUCGACGCGACCGCAGCGGGACGCUUCAUCAAAGCGGCACUGGACAAGGGUGCAGCGCCGCAGGGACAGCAUACGCGCUUUGAGAAGAAGGGAGAGGCGAGCUCGAGCAGCGACAGCUCCAGCAGUGAUGGUAGCAGCGAUGAGGAGGCGCCCGCACCGGCACCUGCUGCAGUGACGUCGAGCAAGGAGAAGGGCAAGGGAAAGGCGAAGCAGAGCUUGGACCCGUACGCUGGCUACGAAGAGGGCAAGAAGCGCAAGGCCGCGGCCGCGCCGCCUGCACCCGCUGCAGCUGCGGCACCUACGCCCGAGAAGACAUCGAAGCGCAAGAAGACGGACAGCGCGGCUGCCGCAUCGCCCGUCAAGGACAGCCCUGCAUCGGCCAAGUCCGGCAAGUCGAGCAAGUCGGGCAAGGAGAAGAAGAAGGACAAGAAGAGCAAGCGGUGAUUCCUCUCCUCCUGUUCUCCUCCCUCUCUUGCGAAUGAACAGAUGAGACGAUAGCAUUGCACUCCCCUCUAAGCAAUCGCACCAAGCACCAAUUG